ACUAACAAUUAGACCACCCUAGAAAACGGUAGCUCCUUUCUCUACAUUGAUAAGAAUGGCACAUUGCCCAAUUUUAUUCGUAACAAUUUUAAUCGUAAGUGUUUCCAGCCAAUCAGAUUGUUUUACGUCAUGGCUAAAGAUUUCCAAUCGCAUCCUCGUUUCCGUGCCCUACGGCAAUUUUCGACUCGACAUUUACGAGCAGGUGGACAACAACAAAUUAAAGACGGACGACAAAUGUUAUUUCUACUCACCCAUCGCCCAGGUGGACGGCAAAAGUGCGACCACCUCCUUCAACGAAGCGGCCAAUCAGAACGAGAUGCGCUUCCGGAUAGAAAUGUGGAACGACAAAGUCCAGAGUCGAGUGGUGCAAUACUUGGCGGAAUUCUUCCGGCGGCAGGUAGCGGCCGAUCGAGUGCGAGUCGUUCCGUUCGAGAAAGUCGCACUGGCCAGCACGACGGUGCAGACGCUCUACAAAUUGUCCACGGAUUGGCUGCCCUUCCAGCAAUCCAUGUGGUUCAGCAUUUCGUGUUUGAUGCUAAAGGAUUGCCAUCAGCUGGCCAACGACAUGCGGACCCAUCCGGAUCAAUUCGACAAUUUGAAAUUGGUUUACAGUCCGUCGUCGCAGACUUCUCAGACGUUCGGCACGGCACCACUGCACGACAUCCAUUUCGUUCAUGAUUCGGCCCCCACGGCCGAUGACUGGAUUGAACUUACCGCCAAAAAUUCUGAUUUGAAAAAAGAAUUAAACGAAAUGAAAUCGGCGGUUGGAAUUUUGCGAACGGAAUUGAACGAAUUCAAGGGCACCUUUAACGGAAGUAGAAAUCAAAAUCGAGAUGAUUAUGAAAUAUCCAGACGUUCGACGGAAUCUUUGAUGCGUCUGGCCGAAACGAAAAUCACUGUUGCUGGGGAUUUAAGAAAAGAAGUAGCCGCUGCUUUGCAAAAAUUUGUAGAAACAACAGCCACUUUGACAAGGGAACUGAACGAAACCAAGGCUACCAUUGUAAAUUUAAGGAAAGAGUUGACAGAAACCAAGAAUAGUUCGAUGGAAAUUACAAGGCGAUUGGCGAAAAUGAUGAGCUCCGAGAUAAUCGCUGGCAACGAAUCGAGCGAGAGGUAUCGAAUUACAGAAAGGCCAUCGACAUUUAAUUGCAAUGGCAAAGCGGAUGGCAACUACGGAGAUCCAUCUUCCAAGUGCUCUUCUAAAUUCUAUAUUUGCGCCCAUGGAAAUGUCUUCCAGAGGAGCUGCUCAACUGGAACAGUUUACUGGGUGAAAACAUUGCGGUGCGAAUGGCCUUAUAACGUCCCUGAAUGCGAACGAAUUUAAUCGUGUAAUUGUACAGUUCCAAUUCUUCUAUCUGACUCUUAAAAAAUAAUAAAACUAAAUAAAAUGUG